AUGAUUACCGGACUCCAUCACGUAAACAUCCUCGUCCCCCCUUCCACCCUCCACCUCGCCACCCUCUUCUACGGCACCACCCUCGGCCUCAUUCCUCGCCCCGUCCCGGCUUUGCAACAAGGCACCUUGGCUUGGUUCGAUUUUUCGCAAGAGUCAGGUCAACAGCUGCAUGUUGCGCUAGGUCGACCCGAUAUCGAUUUCACGCCCGAGGCUAGAAAAGCCGAUAGACAUCCUUGUUUCCGAGUGGAGAACGCGGAGAAACUGAAAGAACUGCAGGAGAGGAUUUGGGAGCAUUAUAAGAGGGGAGGGGAAGGGGCGCCGAUGGAGUGUGAUGAGCCGGGGACGGUGGGGAGUGGUCACCAGGGAGUUGAGUACCCAAAGAGAUUCUUUGCGAGGGACUAUGCGGGGAAUAGGCUGGAGUUCAGCCUUUAG